CUUAGCAACGGCCUGGGUCUCGGAUACCGUUGCCAGGGCAACGGGAUUCCCAACCGCAGGGACCAUCUGCGCGGACGGCUGCUUCGAGGAGCUGCGGUGUGACAUGUGUAAACGUCUGUGUUUUUAACGGCUAGAACUUGAGGUAAAGACGCUAAGGAAGGGAAAAAAAAGGCACUUACGAGUUCACGCACUUUUGAGUUUAAGGCGAGAAAGCUACCCCCAGGAAACGGGGAUUGAAGCUCAGGCAUUUUCUCCUGUUUUGUCGUGGUUAAGAAAUGCGUGAGUUCGUCUAGCUGACAGCACAGUUGGUCUGUGUGAUCAUUUAGCAGCAGUCAAUCAGCCUCGGGCGGUGUGAACCUAGAAUUCAUCGUUGCUGAUUAAUCAGAAAUAGCAGAGAUGCUACCUGCUCCAUUGUGGUCAGAGAAUGAUCGUGUUGGGGAGAUCAGGGAUUCCAUGCUGAUCAAUCCUCUUUUAAUAAAGUCAGAACUUGGCAAGGGAAAACGCAGUGGUAACCCCCUACCAGGGCCUAACCAUGUGUAUGGAACAUUUGAGAGACCCUAUGAUGGCGGAGUUCCUGCAGCCAUUGGUCACUGGCUUACAGCGAAACCCAAACAACAAGAAAAGCUACACAAACUGAAACGUGACUUUGCGGCACUAAAUAAAGCGGCAAUUAAAGCUGGAUUGGUUACUUCACGAGAGAUCCAACAGUUUAGGGCAACGCACGACAUUGGAACUUUGAGAAAAAAGGCAGAAAAGAAAGAUCACAAGCUCCCUGAAAUAACUUUUGGAAUGCCCACACGGACCUCGACCCCUAUGUUUGACCUGCUGGAGAAUAAAUUCCAGAAGGAAUGGGAAGAUGAGCAGAAAGCAAGAGAGAAGGCCAAGAAGAAGAAAAAGACCCAUCAGGUCACACUCGUAAAGAAUUAUCAAACCCGAGCAGCAGUGUUGAGCAAAGCUGUUCCAAAAGUUGAUCCUGCGCCGAUAGUGCAUCCAAAGCGCUACCAAAAGAUUGGACCUCACCUAGAUACAUUCCGGAGCCUUAAAGCUCGGCGUGCAGCUUUUGAUGCUAACUGGUUGGAUUCUGCUGCAAGGAGUGGCCCCCAUGGACAUGGUGUCUAUGUCUUUGAAUAAA